AUCACCACCAUGUCUUCCUACGCCAAACUAGUGCAGAGUCUUUCGCCGGAAAAAAUUUUGGCCGACUUUCCUGACGUCACCCCGUUGGCCCACACCUCCGGCGCGCCGCGCUCAUCCGGGUCGAGCAACGAUGCCGUCCUCGCGGGCCACGAUGAGGAGCAGAUCCGCUUGAUGGAGGAGUUGUGCAUCGCAUGCGACUGGGAAGACAAGCCGGUGGGUGCUGUCACCAAGAAGGCGUGUCAUCUCAUGGAGAAUAUUGAGAAGGGCCUUCUUCACAGAGCGUUCUCGGUGUUCUUGUUUAACGACGAGGGGAAACUCUUAAUCCAGCAGAGAGCGGACGAAAAAAUCACCUUUGCCGGUAUGUGGACCAACACCUGCUGCUCUCACCCGUUGGCGAUCAAGUCUGAGCUCGGGUAUGACUUGGUAUCGUCCGUCGCCGGGGCUAAGAACGCCGCUGUCAGAAAAUUGGAACACGAGUUGGGGAUCCAGGCCACUGACGUGCCGCUCGACUGCUUCCAGUACUUGACAAGAAUCCACUACAAGGCGCCGUCCACCGGGUUGUGGGGCGAGCAUGAGGUGGACUACAUCUUGAUCGCCAAAGCCAACGCAAAGGUCGAAGCGAACUUCAACGAAAUCAAGGACCACAAGUACGUGACCGCUGGGGAGUUGAAAGCCAUGUUUGUGGAUCCAGAGUUAGUCUUUACCCCGUGGUUCAAGUUGAUCUGUGAGUCCUACCUCUUUAAGUGGUGGGACAACUUGGACAACCUCACGCAGUUUGAGGACAAUAAGAUCAACAGAAUGUUGUAAUCCUGUUUACCAAAUUCCCAGGACCAUCAAAUACCAGUUCUAUUUAUAAGAAAAUUAAUGGC